CACCUUCACUGUUGCCGCUGGAAGCCGGAGAAGUAAAAGAAAGGACGAUGACGACGGCGGUGGUCUCGUGAUGGCGUGCCGUCUCCGGCGAGAGAUAACUUUGCUCUGUUUUGAUUCCAUGAUAUAAAAAGCAAAAGUGUUUUAAACAAAGCGUCGAAGCAACAAAUUUUCGAUAAAGUGAAGCACGGGAAGAAAGCUGUUUUGGAGGAUUAGCUUAACCACCGGACGAAGGAACUUGCUAAUUUUGUUUUAUAAAAGGAAGGAACAAGGUGAUUUCUUGUUGCAGAGAAUGCGUGUGUUUUGGUUUUGAUUUUGAUUCCGAUAUGAGAGCUGCAAAUUUUCCGAUUCCGUCACUUCCCCGGUUGGUACUGUUGGUUUUGCUGGCUACGACGUCGUUUGGAGCCAAUGUAACGUACGAUCACAGAGCGAUCGUCAUUGACGGCAAGCGCCGCGUCCUGAUUUCCGGCUCCAUUCAUUAUCCGCGCAGUACUCCCGAGAUGUGGCCGGACCUCAUACAAAAAUCCAAGGACGGAGGGCUAGAUGUAAUUCAGACGUAUGUUUUUUGGAAUUUACAUGAGCCAGUAAGGAAUCAGUAUAAUUUCGAGGGACGGAAUGAUUUGGUUAAAUUCGUGAAGUUGGUGGGCGAAGCAGGUCUCUAUGUUCAUCUACGCAUCGGUCCAUAUUGGUCAGCAGGUAUGGCUAUCUCUUUGGAUACUGGAGUGCCAUGGGUAAUGUGCCAGCAAUCGGACGCUCCAGAUCCCAUUAUUAAUACCUGCAAUGGAUUCUACUGUGAUCAGUUCACCCCAAAUUCUAACACCAAACCUAAAAUGUGGACUGAGAAUUGGAGUGGAUGGUUUCUUCCCUUUGGUGGUUCUGUUCCCUAUAGGCCUGUGGAAGACCUUGCAUUUGCUGUUGCACGGUUUUACCAACGAGGUGGAACAUUCCAAAACUAUUAUAUGUAUCAUGGUGGAACAAAUUUUGGCCGGACCAGUGGGGGACCCUUUAUUGCUACUAGUUAUGAUUAUGAUGCUCCAAUUGAUGAGUAUGGGAUUCCUAGACAACCUAAGUGGGGUCACCUAAAAGAUGUGCACAAGGCAAUAAAGCUUUGUGAAGAAGCAUUAGUAGCUACUGACCCAACAUAUACUUCUCCUGGUCCAAACUUGGAGGCCACCGUAUACAAUACUGGAUCAGGAAUAUGUGCUGCUUUUCUUGCCAAUGUGGGCACAUCAGAUGUAACUGUCAACUUUAAUAGCAAUUCAUAUCGCCUGCCUGCAUGGUCUGUGAGCAUUUUGCCUGACUGCAAGAAUGUAGUUCUUAAUACUGCAAAGAUUAAUUCCAUGACCAUGAUUCCCAGCUUCAUGCACCAAGCUUUGAAUGUGGAUACUGAUUCCACUGAGGCAAUUGGCUCCGACUGGAGUUGGAUAAAUGAACCAGUGGGUAUCUCAAAGGAUGAUGCGUUUACCAAGUCUGGAUUAUCAGAGCAAAUAAACACUACUGCUGACCAAAGUGAUUACUUAUGGUACUCAUUGAGCAUUGAUAUAAAAGGAGAGGAGCCUUUUCUUGAAGAUGGAUUUGAAACUAUUCUUCAUGUGGAAUCACUUGGCCAUGCCCUUCGUGCUUUUAUAAAUGGGAAGCUUGCAGGGAGUGCAAACGGUAAUAGUGACAAUGCCAAGGUUGCAGUGGAAAUCCCUAUCACACUCGUACCUGGAAAGAACACAAUAGAUCUCCUGAGUAUGACCGUAGGACUUCAGAAUUAUGGAGCCUUUUUUGAUAAGUGGGGGGCGGGCAUUACUGGUCCAGUGGAGUUGAAAAGCUCAAAGAAUGGGAACAGCAUUGAUCUCUCCUCACAGCAGUGGACAUAUCAGAUUGGACUAAAAGGAGAAGAUUUAGGUCUGCCUACUGGAAGUUCUUCACAAUGGGUUUCACAACCUGACUUGCCCAAGAACCAGCCACUGAUAUGGUACAAGAAGUUGUUUGAUGCCCCUGCUGGAAAUGACCCAGUUUCCUUAGACUUCACUGGGAUGGGGAAGGGUGAGGCAUGGAUCAAUGGACAAAGUAUUGGACGUUAUUGGCCAACCUAUAUCUCUCCAAACAGUGGCUGCACUGACCCUUGUGAUUAUAGAGGAACUUACAAAUCAGAAAAAUGCCGGAAGAACUGUGGGAAGCCAUCCCAAGUACUAUAUCAUGUACCCCGCUCAUGGUUACAAUCAAGUGGCAACUCUCUUGUUUUGCUUGAGGAAAUUGGUGGGGAUCCAACACAGAUAGCUUUUGGAACCAGACAGAUGGGAAGUUUGUGCUCACAUGUGUCAGAGUCUCACCCAUUACCUGUGGACAUGUGGAAUUCAGCUUCAAAAACAGAAACAAAACCAGGGCCUACUCUGUCACUAACGUGCCCAUAUACAAAUCAGGUUAUUUCUUCAAUCAAAUUUGCUAGUUUCGGAACUCCUAGUGGAUCUUGUGGAAGUUUUAGCCAUGGCCAGUGCAGUAGUGCCAGGGCACUUUCCAUCCUACAAAAGGCGUGCAUUGGAUCAAGGAAUUGUAGUAUCCCGGUAUCAGCCAGUACAUUUGGUGAUCCGUGUGGAGGAGUAACAAAAAGUUUGGCAGUAGAAGCUUCCUGCACAUGAAGAAAUGUGCUAAUAAAACCAUGCAAUUGAUUUGGCAUGCAAGUGAAGCAUUCUACCCAAGUAAGUUUCAACCAAAUAAGCUUGUCUAUACAAACUAGCGCUUUCAACAAUGAAAUGAAAAAUAAAUGGUUUCAUACAACAGUGUAUUCUGAUUAUAUUACAAGAAAAAGAAUAAGAUUACAUUGAGAAGACACUCUGGUCCAUUGUAGAACUUAUGAAUGCGUCUUUUAGCAGCAGCUGUGCCUUCUUUUGUGACAAAGAAAAUGCAAAGCCAAUU